AUGUUGGACCGCGCUUUUGUCUGCGCGCAAUGCACAGCGCGGUUGACUCGCCGCUCUGUCUUCCGCACUCGGGCAUUGCCUUUCUCCGCACGCUAUCUGAGCAGCAAUACCACUCCGGCGAGCCGACCUGCCCGAGUCGCAAUUGUAGGCUCGGGCCCCGCAGGGUUCUACGCAGCUGCGCGUCUCUUGAGUAAGCACGAUGAGGCCAUGGUGGAUAUGUACGAGAAGCUUCCAGUGCCAUUCGGCCUAGCAAGAUACGGCGUGGCUCCGGACCAUCCCGAAGUCAAGAACUGCGAAGACAAAUUCACCGAGGUCGCCGAAUCUCCGCGCUUCAAUUUUGUCGGUAACAUCGACCUCGGCAACGAUCUCCCUCUAACCGCCCUCAAACCCCAUUACGACGCCAUUCUCUUCGCAUAUGGCGCGUCCAAGGACAAGGAGCUCGGAAUACCUGGGGAGGAUGCUGUCAAAAGUGUUUAUUCGGCCCGUGCCUUCGUGGGGUGGUACAAUGGCUUGCCCGAACAUCGGGAUCUUGAGCCGGACUUGACUAGCGGCGAAGAUGCGGUUGUCAUUGGACAGGGAAAUGUAGCUCUUGACGUCGCACGUAUUCUACUCUCAGAUGCAGAUGCUCUCCGGUCAACUGACAUUGCCGACUACGCCCUGGAGAAGCUGUCCAAGAGUAAGAUCAAGCGGGUGCGAGUAGUUGGUCGCCGGGGACCGCUCCAGGCUUCAUUUACCAUCAAAGAGGUCCGCGAGCUUCUCCAACUUCCUGGUGUCUCAUUCGAUCCCAUCUCCAAGGAUAUCUUCCCGCCUGACAACGUUGUGAAUGCGCUCCCGCGUGCACAGAAACGUCUCAUGCAAUUGCUGGGCAAAGGCUCUGCCAAUGAUCCCCAGACAUCUCCCAAGUCCUGGUCUUUGGACUUCCUCCUCUCUCCCGACUCACUGCACUGGUCACCUACCUACCCGUACCACCUCACCCAUGCCAAGUUCUCCCGCAACGAGCUCGACCCCUCCGACCCGUAUACCCCAACUUCCAAGGUCAACCCAAAGCUUCUGUCCAGCGGGAAGCCUGCUAUGGUUGAUCUUCCCGCCAGCGUCUUCUUCCGCAGCGUCGGCUACAAGUCACUUCCCCUGCCCGGGCUAGAAGAUGUGGGCGUCCAAUUCGAUACUCGGCGGGGUGUUAUCGCCAAUGACGGAUUUGGCCGGGUGAAAGGCUUCUCGGAGUCUGGCGAGCCGCAGAAGUUGCCUGAUGGGUCGCACAUCACUCACCUUCCUGGUCUGUAUUGUGCCGGAUGGGUCAAACGUGGCCCAACCGGCGUCAUUGCCUCGACCAUGACCGAUGCCUUCACUACUGCCGAUACCAUCAUCCAAGACCUGAGAAUCCUUGGCAGCUCCAGGUCUCCUCUGCAUGCCCCCAAGGAUAGUAGCGGACUAGGCUGGGCCGGAGUCAAGCCCGAGGCCGAUCGUCGCGGUCUCCGCCCCACGUCCUGGCAGGAUUGGCAGCGCAUUGAUGCCGCCGAGCGAGAGCGCGGUCAACAAAAGGGCAAAGUGCGAAACAAGUUUGGACGGGUGGAGGAGAUGCUUGAGGUGAUCUGA